UUCAGUGACGGUGAGCACCAAGCCAGCCACUGCGCACACACUCCAAACCCAUUUACGCAAAUCCAUUGAAGCGCAAGAUGCUCCUGAGCGCAGCCUUCCACGCCGGUGAAGGACUUCUGAAAGGUGAAGCCUCUGCUGUGAACUCUCAACUGUUAUUAAGCCUUUACUUCAUUAGUAAAUCCAAACAGUUAAUACUUUAAAUCUCCACGUUGAAAAGAAACGUAAUACAUCUCUAAAAAGCCCAGUCUCACCUGUUGCAGAGGUAAAGAUGCUGAAUUGGAGUAAAGCAGGUUCAGUCAGAGGUGCACCUGAGGACUUCUGCAGUAACAGCUUGAUGUGUUGCCCAGCUGCUCAAAACGUGUAUGUGACUUAUGUCACAAGUGGGAAUGGCCAUCAUCCCUGGAUCACACCUCUUUUCUACAACAUUCCACCAAAUGCAUCCUCCCCCUCCUCUCCUGUGACAUGAAGGGGGCCACAAGUAUAAAGGAAGUGUUCGUUCACCAGUCUUCAAGCUUCUCGUCUCCUCUUGUAGCUUUCCAGGUAAGAUUUCUUUUUAUUAUUGCUCUGUUGAUACUUUAUUGGCAUUUAAAACUUUGCAUUACAGUUUGAUCAGAUGCACAUGAAUCAGUGUGGGGUUUUAAUUGACUAGAUGCAAAAAGAUGCGUGCCUUUUAGAGAUGCAUUUGUGACUUUGGAGUGGAGAGCAGCUCCAGGUUAGACAUGCUUUUGUUUGAUCUCGUGCCAUGUUACAUGCAUGCAAUAUCCCUUAUCAGUGAGCUGCUAUCUCUGUAUCUGGAGGGAAAACUGAGAUCCCACUGCCUAACACUGCUUUCUCUGUUUCAGCUGUAUUCUUAGAUCAGACGCUAAGAUGACUUUCUACAACGACAUUUACCCCUUCUACCCUCUACAAAGGAUCUCCUUCAUCUUCAGUGGUCGCUUACUCACCAUUAUUCUAGUCUUCUUGGUGCUAGCGUCCACUCUUCUCCUCAUUCUUCCUGGAAUACGGGGGAAGUCGAGACUUUUCUGGAUGCUCAGGAUAAUCACCAGCCUGUUCAUUGGUGGGGUAAUAGUGGUGCUUAACUUCACUGACAACUGGGCUGAAGCCAGAAUGACCACAAACGCCACCUACAAGUCUUUCAGCAGUGCAGUGAUUAAUGCUGAGGUCGGCCUGCAUGUCGGUCUGUACGGCAUUAAUGUGACACUAAAAGGGAAUCCUGUCGUGCAGUUCAAUGAAACCAUUAACUACAAUGAGAUGUUCAGCUGGCAUGACCUAACUGAGGAAGAGUAUGAAGAAGCUCUGGAGAAAGGUUUACCAAACCCCAUCCUCUACAUCGUUGAGAAGUUCACCCUCAACAGUCCGUGUGGUCUGAUCUUUCAGUACAGAUACUCAGGAAGAUUUGCCUCUGCAACACUCUGGACUGCAUUUUGCAGCUGGAUGCUCUCCAACAUCCUCUUCUCCAUGCCAGUCAUUUUGUACGCUGGUUACAUGAUGAUAGUCACUGCAGGCUUCAUUUUCUUCUCCAUGGCCUCCUUCUCCACCAUCAUGAAUGUGCCUCAGUGUGUUUUCUCCAUCGGAACGGACUCCGUUUCUACAGAAUACAGCCAUUCAUUCUGGUUGGCGCUCGCUACAGGAGUUCUGUGCACCAUCAUUGGGACCGUUGUGGUGAUGCUGAACUUUCUGAUGCCAGAGAGGAUAAAGACAGCUUUCAGUGUCUGUGUCGAUGGUUGUGAGGAUGAGGACGUUUUUUACAGGGAAGGAUACCUUAACUCAGUUUUCCUUGAUGGAGCGCAUUCUCCUCUGCCUUUAACAGUUAAAGAAGAUCCUUUAUGAAGUUUCCAGGAUUUUUUCACAAACUAUACUUGAAGAUUUUGUUUGCUGAAUGUGUAAGAAAGUUUCACACCCGUCUAACUGCCUAUGUGAGCCUGAAGUGUUAUGUGUUGACAGGAAAUUUGUUUUUGAAUCUGUACUUUUUUUUGUCAGGGUUCUCUGGUUGUAAAACAAUAUAGGCAUUUGUAUGGGAUCCAUACAAAGUGUGUGUUCUUUGAUCACUAAUAUAAUUCAUUCAACUGUCUUUACAAAGAAUUAUAAGACAAUCCAUGAGUUUUUGCUAAUCUCAUUAGCGUCUUUUUGCAUAACUCAUCUUCAUUAUGCAAAGUUUUAAAUUGCCUUGUAGUUUUUUUUCUAUCCUAAUUGGCACAAGUAAAUGUGAAAAGAAUGAGUGUAUGAAUGAGCAUUAAAUGCUUUGUAAAAGUAAAUAUAAUGUAAUCCAACAAUCGUAUUUAUUUGGUCUUAAAAUCCAACAUUUGUAUGUGUCUUUAUCUUUAUCAAUAAAAUACUUGAAAAA